CCAUUACGACACCCACAGCAAGACAACAUACGAUAUGGGUUCCCUCUCCUACGUCCUCGCCGUUGCCGUCCUGGCGGCGCUGGUCACCGGCGGCGCGUGCAUCUCCAAGGUGCCGCCGGGCCCCAACAUCACGACCAAAUACGACACCAGGUGGCUCCCCGCCAAGGCCACCUGGUACGGCAAGCCCACGGGCGCAGGACCCAAAGACAACGGAGGCGCGUGCGGGAUCAAGGACGUGAACCUGCCUCCCUACCUUGGCAUGACGGCCUGCGGCAACAUCCCCAUCUUCAAGGACGGCAAGGGAUGCGGCUCCUGCUACGAGGUCAAGUGUCAGAAGCCAGUGCCGUGCGCCGACAAGCCGAUCACGAUCUUCGUCACGGACAAGAACUACGAACCCAUCGCGCCCUACCACUUCGACCUCUCCGGCCAUGCCUUCGGCCUCAUGGCGCUGCCCGGGAAGGACCAGGCGCUCCGGUCCGUCGGAGAGCUCGAGCUGCAGUUCAGGAGGGUGCGCUGCAAGUACCCGCCCGGCACCAAGAUCACCUUCCACGUCGAGAAGGGAUCCAACCCCAACUACCUCGCCAUACUCGUCAAGUUCGUCUCUGACGACGGCGACAUUGUCCAGGUGGACAUCCAGGAGAAGCAGUCACCGGCGUGGAAGCCCAUGACGCAGUCGUGGGGCGCCGUCUGGAGGUGGGACGGCGCCAUCCCGAUCAAGGGCCCCUUCUCCCUCCGCCUCACCAGCGAGUCCGGCAAGAAGCUCGUCGCCCAAGACGUCAUCCCGGCAGCCUGGAAGGCCGACACUGUCUACCCGUCAAACAUCCAGUUCUAGAACCUGCCACUCAAUUCUUAAGAUCUAGUUUUACCUCAGUUCGUUUUAUUUAUUUGUUAAACUUUGAGUUUUUUUACGGUACAAUUUAGCACUAAUAGUAUUUCGGACAAAUCGCUGGGUAAGAAAUCACGAUAGGGCAUUUGAUUUUAUUUGCUACUAUAUAUGGCAAGUGCAAUCGUGCCACAUAACGUCUUUGAUAUUCUUACCGUAGAUUC